AUGCGGCUUCUUGUUCCGUUCAGCGCGUUGGUUUCCACUGCAUUUGCUGCAUAUAAGUGGGACAAUAUCAAAAUUGGAGGAGGUGGAGGCUUUACCCCUGGAAUAGUUUUCAGCCCAAAGACAAAGGGAUUGGCAUAUGCCAGGACAGAUAUUGGUGGACUAUAUCGCCUGAACAGUGAUGAUAGCUGGACACCCCUCUCGUGGAUAUUGCCAAUGACGCAACCUGGAACUACUGGGGAGUCAGCGCACUGGGACCCGAACAACGGUGCAACCCUGAAGAGUACCGACAAAGGUAGCACGUGGGUUAAAACCGCUCUACCAUUCAAGCUUGGGGGUAACCAGCCUGGUCGUGGGAUGGGCGAGCCUCUCGCCGUGGACCCUAACGAUAACAAGAUCGUCUAUUUCGGAGCUCCAACUGAAAACGGCUUGUACAAAAUGGGUACAUUCCGUGAGGACCCAACUGAUACCUCUGGGUAUCAGAGCGAUAUUGUGGGCAUAACGUCUGUUGUCUUCGACACCACCUCUGCCACUCUCAAUGGAGCAACAUCUACAAUUUAUGUGGCAACUGCAGAUGUGACGACAUCCGUAUAUGUUUCCACGGAUGCUGGUGCAACAUGGAAAGCAGUUGCUGGCCAACCAACGGGACGCUUCCCGCACAGAGUGAAGCUCUCAGUUUCAGAGAAACUCUUGUACUUUACCUACAGCAACGUAGCUGGCCCGUACGACGCCGGCGACGGGACUGUCUACAAGUACAGCCUCUCAACUGGAGCAUGGACGAAUCACGCCCGCGUGGCAAGCUACGAAUAG